UUCACUUGUAAAAUAUGUAAAAUAAUUUAUUAGUGGCCAGUACUGAGCGGUUGGCGUACAGAAAUAAAGAUGUAUGAUGUAAGGACAAACAGCUCAGAAGUUUCCAUGGAAAAAGUUUGAUAAACUUAAUUUACGGAAGUAACGACAUUGCUUGCAUUUACCAAAAAUAAUAAAUAAAUAAAUGAAAGGAAACGACUUUCCUCUCAAAGUUCACAUAUAGGAGUCGACUGAAAGAGCCGAGUUAUUUGCCUGACACGUGACUAGCUGCUAGCUAGCAAGACAAGUGUGCUGUUACUAACCGGCAUGGCCAGGUCAGGUCUGACUGCUGCUGUAGUUUGUAGUUAAGCAGUAAUUGCAGUAAUAGUUUAGUCCAGCGCCUGUCAUGUCGGUUGUGACAGUGCAGCUGGGCCAGUGUGGGAAUCAGAUUGGACCCGAGUUGUUCAGCGCUGUGUAUGAAGACUCCUCUGGAGCAAAUGCAAAAACAUACAAGCAGUGCAGUGAUGAGAGAUUCUUCAGCGAGAAUCCAGACGGAGCGCUGGUGGCACGUGCAGUUCUUAUUGACAUGGAGCCCAAAGUAAUUUCUCAAGCCAUAACAAAGGCAUCAAGCUCAGGAAAAUGGAGAUACGCAGAAAAAUCCCACUUCUGCCAGAAACAAGGCUCUGGAAACAACUGGGCAAAUGGUUUCUGCGUUCACGGCCCUCAGCACAAGGAUGCAGUGGAAGAUCUGGUGCGGCGGGAGGUGGAACGUUGCGAUCGCCUUGCAGGAAUAUUUGCCAUGAUGAGCGUGGCAGGGGGUACGGGUUCUGGAGUGGGCACCUAUGUCACCCAGUGUCUUCGAGAGCGUUAUCCACAUUCAUUUAUUCUUAAUCACCUGACAUGGCCCUAUGGAACGGGAGAGGUUAUUGUGCAAAACUACAAUUCUGUUCUCACUCUGUCUCGUCUCUACACGUUGUCCGAUGCACUUGUGGUGCACGAGAACGAUACGGUUCACAAAAUCUGUAGCCAGCUGAUGAACAUCAAGCACAUCUCUAUCUCUGACCUUAACAAGGUGAUCGCUCAUCAACUGGGCAGCGUGCUGCAGCCAGCAUACACCGCAGACUCACCUGCUCACUACAGCAGAAACCCCAUAGGGGAAUUGCUGAGCUCCCUGGUGUGUCAUCCUGAGUACAAACUGCUCAACGUGUUGAACAUUCCUCACAUGUCUCAGACGUCUCUGGCUUACAGUGCCUUCACCUGGCCUGGACUGCUCAAACAUUUAAGACAAAUGCUUAUUGCCAAUGCCAGAAUGGAGGAAGGUAUCGAUUGGAAAGUGUGUGUGCCGUCGAAUAGUGCGGAGAGCAUGAGGAACUCACAAACAGGUUUUAACAGAUCACUCUCAAAUCUUCUGAUACUGCGGGGUAAAGAUGUUUCGUCUGCCGAUAUAGAGCCUUUUAAGGAGCCCGGGAUGUACGUGCCGUGGAUUCCAACAAAUGGCAACUUUUCUACAUGGCACUCCCCUGUGCCCUUCAGUGGCUAUGAGAAGUUGGCCACUUUAAUCAGCAAUAGCCAGUCACUUUUAAAUCCUCUGGAUAAUAUUGUUAAAAAGGCCUGGAACAUGUUUGCCUCAAGGGCGUAUAUUCACCAAUACACCAAAUUUGGAAUUUCAGAAGAAGAUUUUCUUGAAAGCUUUACCAUUUUGGAACAGAUUGUCUCCAGCUACACCCACCUCUGAUGCUACUUCUUUAUUUUAAAUGACAGCUAAAUAUAUUUUUUUAACUCAAUAGUGCCUGAAAACUAUUUAAAAUGGGUGUGUUUGGCCUUGUUCUAUUUUCUACAAAUUUUGUAUAGUAUUAAAUAAAUUUACAUUUCAACUUAA